AGCUGUUUUCCUUCUAUUUUCAUUCUGUCUUGGUAUUUUUCUUUGUACUUUCAGUUCUUUAUAUGUUUGCAGGUGUUGGCGUCCCCCAGAGAAGCUGACCGUAAUCCGGGCAUUAUUUUUAACUUGAAAUGACCCAGCACAGCACAACAGCGUGCGAGUGUUGGGUGCGUGCUGGUUCACAUCCAGCGAUCAUAACCGGAGGGAACCAGCCUCGCUGGGUCUCAUUCAUUUUGAGAAAUCCUGCGACAGCAUUCAGGGACUAUUUAAAUAAGCACUAUACUCCUGCUUCUCAGACAAUACUCUGUUUUUCCACCUUGCUUUCUUUAGCUGUUUACACGCCUGUUCUUCCAUAUAAUUAAGCCUAAUUGUGCAGUCUUCACUUUUGAUCACUGAUUAAAUCAACAGCAGGUUUGUGUGCUGCUUUUUUUCGCCUCACUCAGUGAAACACCAGCACGUAAGCCUUUACAGCCAGCAUUUUAGUGGCUGUUUAACUCCUCGUCGGGUUGGCACGCUCCCUGGCAUGCCCUUCCUCCCCUCUGGGGGACAUCCCCUUGCGAUCGGGAAGAAAGGCAGUAGACACCUUGGGAAGUGUGUGACCUUGGCCGGUCGCCAGGCUGGAUGUGGGGGUGGCUUUGAUUAGCCUCGUGACCUUAGGUGAGGCAGUUACCUUCUCCGAAAGAUGAUGUCUUGGCGCUUUGAGGGGCUGGAACUGGGAACGUCAUCAGUGCCCAGCUGAGGACUUUGAACUUCCUGCCUACCCUGGUGGGAGCGGUCGCGGGCCGGCUUUCUCUCCGCGGGAGCGGUCGGUGUGUUCCCCGUAGUCACUGGGGUAGCUGGUGGAGGAAGGGUGAGGAUGGGACCCAGGGCAGGACAGCCAGUGGGCAGGCUGAGUGCCUGGUGACUCAUGACGACAGGCGGACACUCCUCUCCUAAUUCUGGAGCCAGAGAACAGUCUCAAAGCACAGAGCAUCUUUUCCCUGUGAGCUCCCAGACGAGUUGAAACCCCAUCGCUCAGUCGCUCAGUGAACAGAAACUACCGGAAAUUGACGCUGGGCCUCCACUGCUGCAGCUGGAAUUAGGAUUUAUGGAAGAUCGUUAGCGUUUGCUUGCGCCUAAAUCAAAUAAGUGUCAUGUCUGUGUCUGAAGAUAAACGGUUCAGCGUCUGGAGGACGUUUCAAGCACAGAAAUUUUGACUUUCAGUGUCGUAUAUUUCGAUUCCCACCGGAAAUCCGUUAUACGAAUCUUACUACAAGCAGGUGGACCCCGCGUACACAGGGCGAGUCGGGGCGGGCGAGGCCGCGCUGUUUCUGAAGAAGUCUGGCCUCUCAGACGUUAUCCUGGGGAAGAUAUGGGACUUGGCUGACCCAGAAGGUAAAGGGUUCUUGGACAAACAGGGUUUCUAUGUUGCACUGAGACUGGUGGCCUGUGCACAGAGCGGCCACGAAGUCACCUUGAGCAAUCUGAACUUGAGCAUGCCGCCGCCUAAGUUCCACGACACGAGCAGCCCUCUGAUGGUCACGCCGCCUUCCGCAGAGGCCCACUGGGCCGUGAGGGUGGAAGAAAAGGCAAAAUUUGAUGGGAUUUUCGAAAGCCUCUUACCCAUUAACGGUUUGCUCUCUGGAGACAAAGUCAAGCCUGUCCUCAUGAACUCGAAACUACCUCUUGAUGUCCUAGGCAGGGUCUGGGACCUCAGCGACAUCGACAAGGACGGACACCUGGAUCGGGACGAGUUUGCUGUGGCCAUGCACUUGGUGUACCGCGCCCUCGAGAAGGAGCCCGUGCCCUCCGUCCUGCCCCCGUCCCUCAUCCCGCCCUCCAAGAGGAAGAAGACCGUGUUCCCCGGCGCCGUCCCCGUCCUGCCCGCCAGCCCCCCACCGAAAGACAGCCUGCGCUCCACGCCGUCGCACGGCAGCGUCAGCAGCCUCAACAGCACCGGCAGCUUGUCCCCCAAGCACAGCGUCAAGCAGGCGCAGCCAGCAGCGAGCUGGGUGGUGCCGGCGGCAGACAAGCUGCGGUUCGACGAGAUCUUCCUCAAGACAGACCUGGACCUGGACGGCUACGUGAGCGGCCAGGAGGUGAAGGAGAUCUUCAUGCACUCGGGCCUCACCCAGAACCUUCUAGCACACAUCUGGGCCCUGGCCGAUACGAGGCAAACGGGGAAGUUAAGCAAAGACCAAUUCGCGUUAGCUAUGUAUUUCAUUCAGCAGAAGGUCAGUAAAGGCAUCGACCCUCCUCAAGUCCUCUCGCCGGACAUGGUGCCGCCCUCGGAGAGAGGCACUCCCGUCCCGGACGGCUCAAGUGCCCUCGGCUCGGGGGAGUUCACCGGCGUGAAGGAGCUGGACGACAUCAGCCAGGAGAUCGCGCAGCUGCAGAGAGAGAAGUACUCGCUGGAACAAGACAUUAGAGAAAAGGAAGAGGCAAUCAGACAGAAGACCAACGAGGUGCAGGAAUUGCAAAACGAUCUAGACCGGGAAACGAGCAGUUUGCAAGAGCUCGAAGCUCAGAAACAAGACGCGCAGGACCGCCUGGACGAGAUGGACCAGCAGAAGGCCAAGCUCCGAGACAUGCUGAGCGACGUCAGGCAGAAGUGCCAGGACGAGACCCAGAUGAUCUCCUCACUGAAAACGCAGAUCCAGUCUCAGGAAUCCGACUUGAAGUCCCAGGAAGACGACCUGAACCGGGCCAAGUCGGAGCUGAGCCGGCUGCAGCAGGAGGAGACGCAGCUGGAGCAGAGCAUCCAGGCCGGCAGGGUGCAGCUGGAGACCAUCAUCAAGUCUCUGAAAUCCACGCAAGACGAGAUCAACCAGGCGAGGAGCAAGCUCUCCCAGCUGCACGAGAGCCGCCAGGACGCCCAGCGGAGCCUCGAGCAGUACGACCAGGCGCUGGACGGGGCCCACGGCGCCAGCCUGACGGACCUGGCCGGCCUGGGCGAAGGCGUCUCCCUGGCGGAGCGGGGCGGCUUUGGAGCCAUGGACGACCCUUUCAAAAAUAAAGCCUUGUUAUUUAGCAACAACGCACAAGAACUGCAUCCGGACCCUUUCCAGGCGGAGGACCCCUUCAAGUCGGACCCGUUCAAAGGAGCCGACCCUUUCAAAGGCGACCCCUUCCAGAACGACCCCUUUGCAGAGCAGCAGACGGCGGCCUCAGCAGAUCCAUUCGGGGGGGACCCUUUCAAAGAAAGCGACCCGUUCCGAGGCUCCGCCACCGACGACUUCUUCAAGAAACAGACGAAGAACGACCCUUUCACCUCAGACCCCUUCUCGAAAAACCCUUCCCUGCCCGCCAAGCUCGACCCCUUUGAAUCCAGCGACCCCUUCUCCUCCUCCAGCGUCUCCUCGAAAGGAUCAGAUCCCUUCGGAACCUUAGACCCCUUCGGAAGCGGGUCCUUCAACGGCGCCGAGGGCUUUGCCGACUUCAGCCAGAUGUCCAAGCCCCCACCUUCUGGCCCUUUCACCUCCUCCCUGGGAGGGGCAGGAUUCUCAGAUGACCCCUUUAAAAGUAAACAGGACACUCCUGCUCUGCCUCCGAAGAAACCCGCUCCUCCACGGCCUAAGCCGCCCAGCGGUAAAAGUACACCCGUAAGCCAGCUCGGCUCUGCAGACUUCCCCGAACCCCCCGAUCCGUUCCAGCCACUCGGGGCUGACAGCGGCGACCCGUUCCAAAAUAAAAAGGGGUUUGGGGACCCGUUUAGUGGAAAAGAUCCAUUUGUCCCCUCCUCUUCAGCUAAGCCUCCCAAGGCCUCUUCCUCCGGCUUUGCCGACUUCACCUCUUUUGGCAAUGAGGAGCAGCAGCUGGCCUGGGCCAAGCGGGAGAGCGAGAAGGCGGAGCAGGAGCGGCUGGCGCGGCUGCGGCGGCAGGAGCAGGAGGACCUGGAGCUGGCCAUCGCGCUCAGCAAGGCCGACAUGCCCGCCUAG